AAAAAAAAAAUUAAUAAAUGCAAUAAGCAUUAAAAAAAAAAAACAUCAGUUUGCUUCUCUUAAUACCUAAAUUAAAUUUUGAUUUCUCGACAAAUCGGCGGCGGUGUAAACAGUCGGAGCUAUGGCGAUGCAGGCCGGAGUUGGCUUAUCGAGGAUCUUGCUCUUAGCCGGAGCAGGUUAUACUGGCACAAUCAUGAUGAAGAACGGAAAAUUAUCGGAUCUGUUGGGUGAAUUGCAGUCUCUGGUGAAAGGUAUGGAGAAAUCUGGAGAUGGAUCUGAGGGAGAUUAUGAUGUUUCCGAUGCCGUAGCUGCCCAGGUUCGUCGAUUGGCCAUGGAAGUUCGACAGCUAGCUUCAGCGCGGCAGAUAACUGUCAUGAAUGGAGUUUCUAGUGGAAUCUUUCAAGCCCUUGCUGCUCCUGCUGCGGCAUUGGGAGCUCUCGGAUAUGGUUAUAUGUGGUGGAAGGGAAUCUCGUUCUCUGACCUUAUGUACGUGACAAGGGCCAACAUGGAUAGUGCCGUAGCUAACUUGACAAAGAAUCUGGAGCAUGUUUCAGCGACACUCGCGGCUGCAAAAAGGCAUUUAACGCAGAAGAUUCAGAAUAUGGAUGAUAAAGUAGAAAAACAGAUUGAUCUCUCCAAGGACAUCAAGAACGAGGUUACCUUGGUUCGUGAGGAUCUCAGCUCAAUUGAGAUGGAUUUGGAGUCAUUGCGUAAGUUUAUUGCUGAACUGUUUGGGCAGUUGGACACGGUGGAAUACAAGCAGGAUGUUACAAAUGUUUGCAUGCUACACAUGUAUAACUAUUUUGGAGGCAAGACCACAAAACUGCCUGAACUGGAACAGCUUCAACUUCCUGCGAACCAGAGGGCUCGUAAAAUGCUUGCAGAUGUUGAAACCAAGGGGCUGAAAAACUUUGCUGAACUGCUUGAAAGCACUGAGACACAGCGAGCAACCACAGUGAAAACCAAGCAGGAACAGCUUAAACUUUCGGCGAACCAGCGGACUCGUAAAUUGCUUACAGAUGCUGAAACCAAGUAGGCCCGACCCAAGUAAGUAGGCAAAAGUCCAACCGCCCAGGGGCCGAAGUCAAAGUGCUCAAUUUUUUUAUUUAAUGUUUUGUUUAUAAAAUGUGUGGAACGACAAUAAUACGUAAUAUGUUUAUCCAAUUACUAUGCGAACUUGGAACGAGCAUGAAUAAAUUCACAGAUACCUUCUUUAUCGUUUG